UCAGGAUUCGUUUAUUUUCUAGCAAUAUAGUUUUCGGUGGUUAUGAUUUUUUACUGGGAUGAAUGGCGUCAUUCUUUGGAUGUGAUUAAAUCUUACGAACAAAAUGAGCGCCAAUGGUGCUCUUCAGCUGUAUAGUUCCUGGUUUUGCCCAUUCGCACAGCGUGCCUGGAUUGCUCUGCUGGAAAAGGCGGUAAACUUUCAAUAUGUGGAGAUAGAUCCUUACAAUAAAUCUGCCGAAUUCCUGGCCAAGAAUCCACGGGGGCUGGUUCCCGUUAUCAUUAAUAAUAGCCAAUGUGUUUACGAAUCCCAGAUUUGUAUAGAGUAUGCAGAUGAAGAAUGGAAGGGACAGGGUAACCCGUUAAUGCCGCCUGACCCUUACAAUCGCGCAGUCGCCCGCAUCUGGGCAGAUUUCAUCACCAAGAGAAUUGUACCACCCUUCUACCAACUGCUAAUGCGCCAAACCAAUGACGAACAAGAAGAAGCCCAGAAAACUUUACUGGACAACUUGGAGACUUUAAGUAAAGAGAUCACAGGACCUUAUUUCAUGGGUUCUGCGUUUGGUAUGGUGGAUGUUAUGUUAGUGCCGUUCACGUUAAGAUUCGCGAUGAUGAAGCAUUACCGCAACUUCGAACUACCCAAAGGUCCAGCCUUCUCCAACCUCAAAAAAUGGAUGGAGGUUGUUCAUAACCGAGAAAGUGUUAAGUCAACGAUGGCGGACCAUGAUCGGUUAAUAACUAAGUACCAGAGAUAUGCGGAUGAUUCAGCCAAAUCUGAAGUUGCUGAUGCCAUAAGAAAGGGUAAAACUCUUCCUUAGUUUAACCGGAACCAAUGCAUUAAGCCACGGCUCUUGAGGUAUAUAUAAUAAGCUGUCUUGGAACGAUUAAAUUUAAUGUAAACUGGUCAAGGAAUUGUCCUUGUAUAGCAAGGUAAUACAGAACAAACCAAUUUGCUAAGUGAUGAUUAAAUAUUUCUGUGUAAAAAAUAAAAGAAUGAUUUAAUGUGUGAAAAAUAAAAGAAUGAUUUAAUGUGUGAAAAAUAAAAGAAUGAUUUAAUGUGUGAAAAAUAAAAGAAUAAUUUAUUUAUGAAAAAUAAAAUAAUGACCAUAUAUUUUCAAAGAAAGGGAUAAUUUAAUAAUUGAAAGAAUAUUGUCAUGAAAUGUGAAAAUAAUGAUUGAUCAAUUGGCAUGUAAACAGUGAAUGAAUAUUAGCAAUGUAAACAGUAAAAGAAAUAUUAGUUUGGAGCAGCUUGAGUCAAACAAACAAAAGACAAUAAAAUCCUAUCUGAAAAAUAGGUCAUUUAGUUCAUAUAAGAAAUUAUUUCGCAAUUUA